AUGGAAUGGAAAGGAGCGUUAUUGGAGCAAAAAGAAGAGACAAGAGAAACGUUCCGUGAGAUUAAUGGUGUUUUGGGGGAUGGUACUCUAUCACCUCAAACCGCGGAAGAAUGGUAUCGACGAUUCAGAGCCGGUGAAAACGACACCAUGGAUGAGCCCGCCGGCCGAAGACCUGUGAGGAUAAAUACCGAUAAAAUCUUGGAAAACAUCGAGUUAGACCGGCAUGUGGCAUCUCGUGAUAUCGCCCAGAAGAUAGGAGUUAGUCAUCACACCAUUUUAAACCAUCUGCGGAAGGCUGGAUACAAAAAAAAGCUUAAUGUUUGGGUGUCGCAUGGUUUGACGGAAAAAAACCUUCUGCACCGAAUCAACGCCUGCGAUAUGCUGCUGAAAUGGAAUGAACUCGACCCAUUUUUUAAACGUAUUGUGACUGGUGACGAAAAAUGGAUCACAUACGACACUAUCAAGUAG